AGGUAGUCAGUGGAGAAAACUGCGGUAGCGACCCUCGGACCUCGCCAUGAAGACUCGCUUCAGCACCAUUGACCUCCGCGCGGUACUCGCGGAGCUGAAUGCCAGCUUACUAGGAAUGAGAGUAAACAAUGUUUAUGAUGUGGAUAAUAAGACCUAUCUUAUUCGUCUUCAAAAACCAGAUUUUAAAGCUACACUUUUACUUGAAUCUGGCAUACGAAUUCACACAACAGAAUUUGAGUGGCCUAAGAAUAUGAUGCCAUCUAGUUUUGCCAUGAAGUGCCGAAAACAUUUGAAGAGUCGGCGAUUAGUCAGUGCAAAACAACUUGGUGUGGAUAGAAUUGUAGAUUUUCAAUUUGGAAGUGAUGAAGCUGCUUAUCACUUAAUCAUUGAGCUCUAUGAUAGGGGAAACAUUGUUCUUACAGAUUAUGAGUACCUAAUUUUGAAUAUACUAAGAUUUCGAACUGAUGAGUCAGAUGAUGUUAAAUUUGCUGUUCGUGAACGCUACCCAGUUGAUCAUGCUAGAGCUGCUGAACCUUUGCUUACUUUGGAAAGACUGACUGAAAUAAUAGCCAGUGCACCUAAAGGUGAACUACUGAAGAGAGUUCUUAAUCCAUUACUUCCCUAUGGACCAGCUCUCAUUGAACACUGUCUUAUAGAAAAUGGAUUCUCUGGCAAUGUCAAAGUGGAUGAAAAAUUUGAAAGUAAAGACCUUGAAAAAGUACUUGUUUGUCUGCAGAAAGCAGAAGACUAUAUGAAAACAACAUCCAACUUCAGUGGAAAGGGGUACAUCAUUCAGAAAAGAGAAAUAAAACCAAGCUUGGAAGUAGAUAAACCAACUGAAGACAUACUCACGUAUGAGGAAUUUCAUCCUUUCUUGUUUUCUCAACAUUCACAAUGUCCAUAUAUAGAAUUUGAAUCAUUUGACAAGGCCGUGGAUGAAUUUUAUUCCAAGAUAGAAGGUCAGAAAAUAGACUUAAAAGCUUUACAACAGGAAAAACAAGCAUUGAAGAAAUUAGAUAACGUCCGGAAGGAUCAUGAAAACAGAUUAGAAGCUCUUCAACAGGCUCAGGAAAUAGACAAACUUAAAGGAGAGCUCAUAGAAAUGAACCUACAGAUAGUUGACAGAGCUAUUCAGGUUGUUCGAAGUGCUUUAGCCAACCAGAUAGAUUGGACAGAAAUUGGGUUAAUUGUGAAAGAAGCCCAAGCUCAAGGAGACCCUGUUGCAAGUGCAAUUAAAGAAUUAAAACUACAAACAAACCAUGUUACAAUGCUACUAAGAAAUCCAUACUUGUUAUCAGAGGAGGAAGAUGACGAUGUUGAUGCUGACAUCACUGUUGAAAAAAAUGAAACCGAAGCACCAAAAGGAAAAAAGAAAAAGCAAAAGAAUAAACAGCUGCAGAAGCCUCAAAAAAAUAGGCCAUUACUUGUUGAUGUUGAUCUCAGCUUGUCAGCAUAUGCCAAUGCCAAAAAAUACUAUGAUCACAAGAGGUAUGCUGCUAAGAAAACACAAAAGACCGUUGAAGCUGCUGAGAAGGCAUUUAAAUCAGCAGAAAAAAAAACAAAGCAAACGUUAAAAGAAGUCCAAACAGUUACCUCUAUUCAGAAAGCAAGAAAAGUAUACUGGUUUGAGAAAUUUCUGUGGUUCGUUAGCUCAGAGAACUAUUUAAUUAUAGGUGGAAGAGAUCAGCAACAGAAUGAAAUGAUUGUGAAAAGAUACUUGACAACAGGGGAUAUUUAUGUACAUGCUGAUCUUCAUGGAGCUACUAGCUGUGUAAUUAAGAAUCCAACAGGAGAACCCAUUCCACCUCGGACCUUGACUGAAGCCGGCACAAUGGCACUUUGCUACAGUGCUGCCUGGGAUGCACGAGUUAUCACUAGUGCUUGGUGGGUGUACCAUCAUCAGGUGUCUAAAACAGCACCAACUGGAGAAUAUUUGACAACAGGAAGCUUCAUGAUACGAGGAAAGAAGAAUUUCCUUCCUCCCUCGUAUCUAAUGAUGGGGUUUAGUUUCCUCUUUAAGGUAGAUGAGUCUUGUAUUUGGAGACAUCGGGGUGAAAGAAAAGUCAGAGUGCAGGAUGAAGACAUGGAAACAUUGGCAAGUUGCACACGUGAACUCAUAUCAGAAGAAAUGGAACAACUAGACGGAGGUGACAGUAGCAGUGACGAAGAUAAAGAGGAAUCACACGAAACUCCUCUGGAAGUGGAGCUUAUGAGUCAGGUUGACCAGGAGGAUAUCACUAUUCACAGUGGUGGAGAUGAGCUAAAUGAUGAAAUAAUUCAGGAAGAGAGCUCGGAAGAUGAAGGAGAAUCUGAAGAAGUGGUAAAAGAUCAGGAACCUGUUGCUGAAAUGAUGGAUGAAGGCAAAGACACAUUAAAUUAUCCUGACACUACCAUUGAUUUGUCCCACCUUCAAUCUCAAAGGUCCCUCCAGAAAUUGGCUUCAAAAGAAGAAUCUUCUAGUAUGAGUGACAGUAAAUUACAGAGCCGGAGACAUUUGUCAGCCAAGGAAAGAAGGGAAAUGAAGAAGAAAAAGCUUCCAAGUGACUCAGGGGAUUUAGAAGUGAUAGAGGUAAAGGACAAAGAAAAAGAAAAUGCUCUACACAUUGAAACUCAUCAGAACACAAGCAAAAGUGUCCCAGCUGUGCAGCCAAUGAAGCGAGGACAAAAGAGUAAAAUGAAAAAAAUGAAGGAAAAAUACAAAGACCAAGAUGAAGAAGAACGUGAACUCAUCAUGAAAUUGUUGGGGUCUGCAGGUUCAAACAAAGAAGAAAAGGGGAAGAAGGGGAAGAAAGGAAAAACAAAGGAUGAACCUGUGAAGAAACAGACCCAGAGACCUAGAGGUGGACAAAGGGCUUCAGACAGCAUAAAGAAAGAAACUCCCUCCCUUGAGGUUGUAACUCCAGAGUUACAAGACUUGGCUGUAGAUGAUCCACAUGAUGACAAGGAAGAGCAAGAUCUGGAUCAACAGGGUAAUGAGGAAAAUCUCUUUGACUCUUUGACAGGGCAGCCACAUCCUGAAGAUGUAUUACUAUUUGCCAUCCCAAUUUGUGCCCCUUACUCCACCAUGACAAACUAUAAAUACAAAGUGAAACUUACUCCUGGAGUUCAGAAAAAGGGAAAAGCUGCAAAAACAGCCUUGAAUAGUUUCAUGCAUUCCAAAGAAGCCACAGCAAGAGAAAAAGACUUAUUUCGCAGUGUAAAGGACACGGAUUUAUCAAGAAAUAUUCCUGGCAAAGUCAAAGUGUCUGCACCCAAUCUUCUGAAUGUAAAAAGAAAAUAG